GUGGUACGCAAAAGAUUCGUCACUCGCGCACCCUUCAGAAGUUCAGAAGCUCGAAAAUCGGAAGUAAACUUUGGGAUGGCUUCCAAGAGGAUCAACAAGGAGUUGAAGGACCUCCAGAAAGACCCUCCAGUUUCAUGCAGUGCUGGUCCUGUUGCUGAUGACAUGUUUCACUGGCAAGCUACAAUUAUGGGCCCCGCAGAUAGCCCAUUUGCUGGUGGAGUGUUUCUUGUGUCUAUCCACUUUCCACCUGAUUACCCUUUCAAGCCUCCCAAGGUUUCUUUCCGUACAAAAGUUUUCCACCCUAAUAUUAACAGCAAUGGCAGCAUUUGUCUUGACAUUCUCAAGGAGCAGUGGAGCCCUGCCCUAACAGUAUCCAAGGUUCUGCUGUCCAUUUGCUCGCUGCUGACAGACCCGAACCCAGAUGAUCCUCUGGUUCCUGAGAUUGCUCACAUGUACAAGAGUGACAGAGCCAAGUAUGAGUCCACUGCCCGCUCGUGGACCCAGAAAUAUGCAAUGGGCUAAAACUGCUGAAGGGGUUUUUAAUGUCUGAUGAUAGUAAUAAGUGGAGUAUAUAUUAGAAGAAACGUAUAUUGAAGAUGUUAAGAAAGCUGUUUGGUUGGUUCAAUUGUGUUUGGUUGUGGCCUGUUAUAUUAAGAGAGGUUACUUCGAUAGUCAUGGAAGCUUUAUGAGCAAAUUGAUUUGUGCACCAUUUUGAUC